UACCGCGCAUGCGCUAUCCUGUCUUCGGUCUGCAUAGUUUUUUUUGGGGGGUGGUUACUUAUAAGAGUGCGUUUGUUUAAUGGAGCGUUAAAGUGGUCAACGUUCGGUUGUGCGUGAAUGUGAUAUAACAUAAGGAGAGGGAUCAACCGAGGAAUAAACCGAGCUUGGUCCGCGAGUUCAGCAGCAUGGUCUGAUUUCGGUUCCGGACAUGGACCUGGACCUGCUGAAGCAGAGUCUGAACCUCCACGGAGAGUCUUUGUUCCGAAGGCUGAGGUGUGAACAGAAGGAAAACCCCAACUUCCAGCUGGUGGUCCAGGAUCUGGACAAGCACAAGAGCGGUGCUGGAUGCGGAAGUUCUCUCGUGGAGCAGUUUGUUGCCAGAAAAGCAGACAUUCUCUUCAGUCCUGCUUGGAAAACUGCAGCUCCCAAAGAUGAAGAUGUCUGUGAGGAUGAAGCCACAGAAGCGUUUGCUGUCAUGCCACCGCUGGAUGGGUUCAUCGACGUGACCUAUGAAGAGAGGAGGGCCAUGUUGUUUCGGGACCUGGAGCGAGGAGAUGUGCUGAUUGGCAGGAUCAACAACAUACGUGAAUAUGGUUUCUUCCUGACUCUACUCUGCACGGCUGGAGGGUUGAGGCGAGCCAUCGAGGACCUGGAACUGACCGCUCUGUGUCAUGUCCGAGAGAUUCCCUCCAGUAGCAGCCACGACGAUCCACUGUCCUAUUACCAGACGGGAGACCUGAUCAGAGCUGCAGUGAAAGAUAUCGACCGAUUUCAAGAGAAGAUCACCGUCUCGCUUCACCAGAGCUCCUUAACGCGAAGAUCGAACUCCACCGAACUCGGAGUCAUUAGUCGCGAUGAGCUCCUAACUCAUUACAGACCAAGUUCGUCAGACGGUCUUGACUCUGGAGACACGUACGAAGAUCUGCUGAAGUGUUGCCAUGGUUACCACAAUCCCUCCGUGGUUAACUACCUUCUUCAUCACAUGGGAGUGAGUGACAGCCGGCCCCCCUCUCUGAUGCGAGGACUUCAGAGUGAACUUUUCUUGGAAGAAGAUUUUGCAGUGGCCAUCAGGAAGAAGCAGUCGACGUCAUGGGCCCUGAAAUGCGUGCGUUCUGGAGUGGAGCAUUUCAAGCACGGCCGACAUGUGGACGCCAUGAACGAGUAUAACAAAGCCCUGGAGAUCGACGACAACAACAUCGAAGCGCUGGUGGCUCGAGGAGCUCUUUACGCAAACAAAGGAAGCCUCCUGAAGUCCAUCAGUGAUUUUGAGUUGGCGCUUAAGUUGUGUCCGGAGCACCGUAAUGCUGGGAAGUAUCUCAGCCAGACGCUGGUGGAGCGAGGGAAACGGCUGGAAGAGCAGGACCAGCUGGUCACUGCAGAAAGCUUGUACAGGAAAGCCUCGGAGCUUGAUAGCUCCAACACUGAGGCCAAGGCAGCCCUCAGCAAAAUCACAGACAUGAUAAAGAAGUCAAUACAACUGCGUGAAGAAGCGAAGGAGGAGAAGGAAGCGAGCAGCAGUCGCAGCAGUGCUCAGAAGCUGCGUAAGAUCUUAAAAGAGGAGAAGAGGUUGAAGAAGAGAAGAAAAAGGUCAUCUUCUGAAAGCUCUUCCUCCUCCUCCUCCUCCUCCUCAUCUUCCUCUCACAGGAGAGCAAAAAAGAGAAAGAAGAAGAAAAGGAGGAAGUCAGAGCGGGAGAAUAAACGGAAGAGCAUGAAGGGUGAGACGGAUGAGGAGGACGAGUGGUGUCCUGCGAACACCACUGCCACUUUCCUCCAGCAGGAGGGGUUUGCUCCAGCAGAGGAAGAGCGGGGUGAAGCAGGGAGCUUCCAUCAGCUUCUCUCUGCAGCAGCAAACUCCUCCGAGUUUGUUGACAGAUCACAUGAGGAGACAAAGAGACGCAGAAGUUCAGAUGCGAGUGAAGGGAGGAGCAGGGAGGGGAGGGGUCAGAGCAGAGAUGCAGGUGUGGGAGUGCAGGGGAGGGGCAGUGCCUCCCACUCGAGUCACGGGCCUACUGCUGAUUGUUUCAGUGGUUCUGGUUCUAGAUCGGAGCCUGACUCUACUAGAAGGUACCAGAGUAGAGAGGAGCUUGGGAAUGGUACCGUGACUGCCGGACCUCAAAAGAAGGUACCGGCGGACUUGGCCCAGAUUUUCGACCAGAUAGCCAAAUUUGAGAGGUCCAAAAAGGGUUCGGGUUGUGCAGGAGAGAGGAAGUGAUGUUGUCCCCUGGUGGAGAAAGGUUAUGCUUUCGCUUUUCAGUCUGU